AUGGAUAAAUUAGAAAAAAGUACAGCAGCCGGCAGUAAACGAAUUCAAGUAAAAAAUAAAGAAUUAGAAGACAAACUAUGUAAAUUAAAGAAAGAUCUUACUAAAAUUACAGUUUUCCAAGACUCUGCGUACUGGGACCUGCGUCAAAAGUUGGUACAAGUGGAAGGCAACCAUGAGCGUCUCCAGUUGAACAUGAUCGCGUUGCAAAUGGAACAUGAAAGUGUCUCCAGCCAGUACCAGGAAGAGUUACGUCAACGACCAGAGAUUCUUAAUAAACUUAACAGUACCAGAGCAAUUUCCGAGGUGUUAGAGGAGUCCAUCGAUCGCCUCAAACAGACAGUGUCUAGAUGCAACGCGACCCAAAUAUCUCUGGCUGAAGCUUAUCAGACCGCAGAGAAACGGGUGCUGGAUAUAAAGAAAAAGCAAGAACAGUCUGAUGACAAACAUCAACAAAUUAUUCAUUCGCUUAUCGAAAAAGUCAAUAAGAGCGAAGAACAUCAGUUGCGAUUGGCAAAUGUGUUUAACAUGGCGAAGCAACAGCUUGAACGCGAGCUCACUGCGACUCGAGAACAAUUAAACACCAUUCAAGCUGGAAAAAGAGAGCUUAAACAAACGAUUGCUCAUCUCAAUGAAAAACUCAAUGCUGCCCACUCAGAAAUUCAUCAGAGGGACCAAGCCAUAACAUCGCUCAAUGACAAGGUGCUGCAAAUGAACCAAGAAUGUAUGGUUCAAAUCGAAAGCAGUUCAAAUGCAACAAUGAUAUUGGAAAAGAAUCUUCAGCAAGCGACCGAAGCAAAUGCAGAACUAAAGAACGCUUUAGCUGAAGAAAAGCAGUAUUCUAUAAAUGUCGUCGAUCAGAAAACUUUACUUGAAGAGAAGAUAAGAAAGGUGGAAGAUGAAAAUGCAAUGUGUGCCGAUCAAAUUGUGCAGCUUAAGCAGGAAUUGGAAGAAGCAAACUCUAACAACAAUAUUUAUAAGCAAGAAGUGUCACAAGUUAAGGAAGAGAAUGCAAAACUAGCUGCGGAACUAACCAAGAAGGACGAGCAAGAAAACACUCUCAAAGAUCAAUUAAAUAAAUUGAAUGGACAAAUUCUUGGACUUGAGCAAAUUAAGAAGAAACUGUUCGAAGAUCUGAACAGUUUGGAGGGCGAACGGGAGAAUUAUAUUCAACGCAUCCAAGAAAUUAUCUCGGAGAAGGCUUCCCUGGAUGCGAGACUUGAUGAACUUGAUCAGAAAUAUACGUCUCACAGGGUCUCGACAGACCAGGUCAUCCAGGACUUAACCCAAACAAUCGAAAACAAUAAAAAGGAAUUGGACAUGAAGACCUCAGCAGCGUCAGGGCUUUUGUCUGAUCUUCAAAGCAGCACAGACAACAACAACAAAUUGAAGAGCGCUUUGCAGAAAUGCAAGAAGGAGCUGGAAGAAGAGAAAGACCGGUGCAGGGAGAUGGAGAUAAAGUUUGGAAUGCAAGUUGAGAAUUUGAGUGAAACGAUCAACGAUAAGGAGAGAGAAUUCUCUAAACAAAUGGCCCUCAUUCGGGAUAUGCGUAAUGAAAAAGAACGCCUCUUGGAGAGGAUCAACGAUAUGCAAGUGAAGAUGGACAAUGUCCAGAAGGAACUGACCAGAUGUCCUGAGGUACGCGAGCCCGUCAACGCCGAACGACCGAACGCGGACGAUAGUUUGAUGUAUCCCGCCAAUACCCAGGAUUCAAUGGGAGACGGACAGAGGUCACCGGUGUUGCCUAGCGGCAAAUCCAGGCAAGGCAAGUUUGCAGAGCCGCAGCUGAAUCAACGGGACCAAAUGCAAAGUUUGGUCUCCGUUUUUAGUGACAGUAGCAUCGAAGAAAUAGAUAUUUUCGAAAAAAGACGUCGCAUGAUGUCGCUAUCUCGCGGUAAUCACGGGGACCACAUGAAACUACCCCCGAAGCGCUUUAAGCCAGCAAAUGAAAAGGACAAGCAAACCAAUCCUGACGAUUCACAGGUUAUUAUUUACUUUAUCACAUAA